AUGCCAUUCCCCAGCAUCUCCUCCAUCUUGGCCGGUCUGGUUGCCGCCGGGGCAGCAUCGCCACUACACAGCACGAUCGCUCGACGAUCUAGUAGUAUCGCAGUCACCAGCGAGGCUCCAGCAUCAUAUGGCAUACCACUCGAGUCGUUUGUUGCGUUCUCCAUCGAAUUUUCCUCAUUUCCUGAUUUCGCGGGGAAUCUGUCAGCUCCGAACACAUUCAGCAACAAUCUCCUGAACAACCUUGGCAACCUCAUAGGCACCAAGCCUUAUAUCAGAGUGGGCGGCAAUACGCAAGACUAUGCAGUAUUCGACAGCACACUGGACCAACCGCUAGUCGGCAUUGUGGACCCAGCGAAAUCGCCAGACUACCCUACCACUAUUACCAUUGGCCCAGCAUAUUUUGAGUCUUAUCUUACCUGGCCUGGCACGAAGUACAUCCAUGGAUUCAACCUUGGGCGAAACAGUACCGCUGCUCGUGCUGGCCUGAUCGAUUCCGUGCGAUAUGCUUGCAAAGCGCUAGAGGACGGCAGACUGCUGUACUGGGAGCUUGGAAAUGAACCAGACUUGUUCAAGACUUCUGCACAAGGGCCUGUUCGACCGUCGAACUGGACGGAGCAAGACUAUGUGGAUGAAUGGCUGCAUUGGUCCCGGGCCAUCAAGACCGCUAUGGAAGAGCCAUGCCCAAACUUGGCGUCAAACGAUAGCUACAAGUACUAUGCUCCUUCCUUUGCCGGGACCAGCAAUAGUCUCAACCCUAUCGUGACUUGGCAAGAUGGUCUUGAUACAGAUAAAGACAUUGCUGUCAUCACAACCCACAACUACAUCAGUGGGGCCACAGUACCCGGCGUCACGCUCCAGGGCACCUUGAUGAAUCACUCUUCGAACAUUGCUUCCAUCGCCAAACAGCUGAACGAGUCUCGCCUCCUCGCCGCCCUACCAUAUGAUCUCGAGCCAGACCUGCCAUUCAUUAUGGGCGAGACGAAUUCUUUGUAUAAUCAAGGUCGCCCGGGUCUCAGCAACACCUUCGGAGCUGCACUAUGGGGCGUGGACUUCAAUUUAUGGUGCGCCACCAACAAUAUCAGCAGAGUGCAUAUGCAUCAGGGAACGAACUACAGGUAUCAGUCUUGGCAACCAAUCGACACAAACAUAACAAGCAAAGGCACGAAAGCGCCCUACUACGGCAACAUCGCCGUCGCAGCAUUCCUAGGCGAUAUCGUGACCUCAACCCCAAGCGUAGUGAACCUCCCACUGUCAAACGAGGAAGAAAGCGCCUACGCCGCCUACGUGAACGGCAAGCUCACACGACUAAUCGUGAUCAACAUGAUGGAAUACAACAACACAGACUACAACAGCAAUUACACCGACGACUACCCGAGACCGGUCGAGCAGUAUACGUUCCAGCUGCCGAGAGAGUCUUGUGGUAGCGUGGGUCUGCAGAGACUCAUGGCUAAUGGCAGUGAUGCUAUCACUGGCGUUACCUUCGACGCUUAUAGCUAUAAUUACGAGCUGCAGAAUGGGUUGCCGGUGCUUAUGCAUAAUGUUACCAGAGGUGAGACGGCAGAGGUUGGGUGGGAUGGAGAGCUUUGUGUUGGCGUGCCACGGAGUAGUGCUGUUAUUAUACACUUUGACGAGGAGAACCAUGGUCACGGCUGGAUGUAG